AUGUCGGAUCCACCGUCGGACCAGAGCUCUUCGAACCUUCUCGAGGACACCGUUAAUAAGCUGUUUAAUCGGCUUUACAACGGAGAGAUGAGUACACAAGACUUGGUCAACAUGAUGUUGGAAUUCUCACGCGAACCUGAUGUUGGGAAGCGCCCGACGAACCGUCAGAUCUUUGAGCACACUAUUGUGAAUCUGUGCGAUGAGCUUAGGUUCAUCACGAGGUACCCCUCGAACGAGCUUCGGAUCACUGCGGAGUUGAUCGGACAACUGCUACGGUUUGAUUUGGUCUCGUACACGCCCUUGCAGAUCUGCAUGAGAGUCAUCCUAGAUUCUCUCAAGAGGCCGCCGUACUCUCGGUUAUUCCGCUUUGGUGUGCUUAUCAUAGAGCAGUUCCUGGACCGUAUAGCUCGUUGGCCGCAGCUCUGUGCUGCCUUGGUGGCUGAGCGAGGAGUAGGGCCUCAGUUCAAGAGCUGCUACCCAGAUUACUACGAGUACUACCCCUCUGGGCUUCCGAGCCCCUCAUCACUUCAACUCAGGUAUCUGGUUAAGCUGCUCAACGCCAUGCCCCCUGGGGCCCGGGACAAGCCAGUGUUUGACUACUCCAUGUUGCAGGGUGUAUUCCUAGUUCCUACUCCUGAGCUCUACCCCCCACCACUGCAGGAAAAGGAGGAGAGGGAGCUCCAUGCUGCUAGAGUUGCUGCGUUCAAGGCUGGCAAGCCUAUGCCUCCACCUCGUAGAGAAAUGCCUGCUGCUGCUCUUCCCAAAAGCAACAGUGGCGCGCCUGAGACUAGUGCUCCUCAGCAGCGACCGGCGUCGCCGCAGCCUGUUAUAGUCCCCGUUGAUCGGCUACUCUCCGACGAAAAGGCAAUGGCUGGUAUAUCCAUUCCUCCCGACUGGUUUUGUGAUCUCACUAUGCAGACUUUCAACGCUCUCACUCCGCUGAAUCUUGGGGAGAAGGCGGCUGAGCUCAGAGAGAGUCUCAAGCCUGAGUACCUGCAGUGGCUCUCGAUGUAUAUGGUGAAGAGCCGUGUAGCGAAAGAGGUCAACCUGCAGCCUUUGUUUUUGCGGUUCUUGGACGCCCUAGGCCAGAACAAGCUGAUUGACUUGGUCACACAGAGCACAUUCACACUGUUACAUUUGCUUCUUGCGGAUGAUGCUCUAGACAUGGCGGUGGUAUCGCCAGCUCAUAGGACGGCCCUUAAGAACCUAGGCCACUGGCUGGGCUGCAUUACCAUCGGUCGGAACCGGGCCCUGAAGGUCAGGGAUCUCGAUCUGAAGCAGUUGUUGUUGGACUCCUACUCUAGCGGACGGCUCACGGCCACUCUUCCCCUGGCGUGUAAAAUUUUGGAGUCUCUCAAGGACUCACGGACAUACAGGCCGCCGAACCCUUGGAGUAAUGCCCAGCUUAGCCUGCUUGCGGAGAUCCACGAUAUACCGAAUCUUCGCACCAACUUGGUGUUCGAGAUAGAGCUUCUGGCGAAGAAGUUGGAGUUGUCUCCGUCCUUCCGAGAGUAUAAAAAGACGGAACUCUUGGCAGGGAGGAGUAUGCCUAAAGGUCGGGCUUAUGAUAAUUUCGUGGCGCGUGACAAGAUUCGGUCGCUGCUAGAUUCGUCGGAUAUCUCGAAGGCCCCCCAUCCGAUCGCUGCCGUUGCACUGGGUCGUUCAGAGCCGGUUCCGCGGCCAGGAGUUGGCGUGCCCCCAGCAACAGGACAUCCCGGAGGCCCCACACCCCAAGUUGACUUCUCCCAACGCAUUGCUGAUGCUAUGAAUAUGGCUAAUCUACGCCAACAGGCAGCAGCAUCAGCGCAGGCAGUUCCCACGUUCCCCCAGCCAAGGAUGGCCCCACCACCCUCAGCGGCUCAGCGACCCAUUGGCAUGCAUCCAAUACCUGUACCCUCAGUGGCGUCCUUGCAGCCCGCGAACUCCUUCGUGGCACAAGGGCCGGGCUCUGUGGCCCAGGUGGCUGGAGAGAAUGAAGGGUUCAUCCUCCCUAGCCUGCCGAGUUUGGUGAUCAUAGACCCCAGUGUGGAGCUCUUCCGUCUGCAGCCCAAGCUGAAGCCAAUCGUGCCUCUAGCUAUGGACCGUGCCAUCAGGGAUAUCGUCAACGCAGUGGUCGAGCGCAGUGUAUCAAUAGCGACUCUAACGACCAAGCAGGUCGUGUUGAAGGACUUGGCGAUGGAGCCAGAGGAGGACGUGGUGAGGAAGGCAGGCCAGCUGAUGGUCUCCAACUUGGCUGGGUCACUGGCGCUGGUCACUUGCCGGGAGCCUCUUGGCCUGUCACUGACCAAUCACCUCAAGGCUCUCCUCAAUCCUGGAAAUGCUGCUCCGCCGCAGGACUAUCAGGAGAACGCUCUCAUCGAGCAGGUUAUAUCUACGGUCACUGCGGACAACUUGGACCUGGGCUGCCAGCUGAUAGAGAAGAUUGUGUGUGAGAGGGCGGUCAAGGAGAUAGACUUAGUUUUCCAGCCGGCCUAUGAGGCUCGGCGUAUGCACAGGGAGAAGUAUGGCACUAGUGGUCCGCAGUUCGUGGACUCAGAGUUCUACGAUGUUAGUGGGACCUGGCCUGAGUCGCUUCCCAGCAGCUUGCGACCAGGAGCCGGACCAUUGCCGGCUAGAGAGCUGAGGGUUUAUCGCGACUUCUUGACAAAAGUGAAGCCCCCGGCCAUGGGCGGUGUGCCCCCUCCGAUGAGCGGAGCGAUGCCGGCGGAUAAUAUGCAACGCAGAAUCGUAGGAGCACCACCAGGAAUGCAGCCCAGCGGUCCUCAGCCACCAGCCCUACCAUCACUGGUUCAAGUCCAGAGCAUCGUGAAGCAACUACAUGCACAGGCUUCGGGCGCGGUCCAUCAGCUUGAGUCAUCACCCGCAGAGGGACCUCAAGGGAAAGUUUGGCGGUUCACUAGGAUCCUGCUUACCACUGGUCUAGAGGAGGUCAUCGGUCGCGCGGCUACUAAUGAGAGAGUCUUGACCAUGCCAGAGAUAAGCGAUACGCAACGACCACAACUGGACAGCUUCUAUGCCUUGGUCGGGCUCUGCAGCCUCAACACGCCCUCAGAAGAGGCUGGUACCUUGAAUGCUGGUCUCACUGGAUGGCAGUUGUUGUUGAGGAACCUCGAUGAGAUCCUCAAGCACGACCCGGCCCUGGCAACAGUGGUGGUGUCUCACGUGUUGAAGGAGAUGAACCGCAAGUUUGAGCAGUUGGCUGCCAUGUACGUUGGAGUAAACGUGCUGGCCGAAAAGACCAAGACUGAUGCGGCAGCGGCAGUAGCGAUCAAACAACAACUCCAGUGGUCUCAGAGUCACGUCACGGAAGCACAUGUCCGUCUGGAGCUCCACUUGGCCAUGCUUGGUGUGGUAUUGCAAACUGUUGGGGCCUCGAAUGAGGACACGGCAUUGCGGGUAGUGCAGACGCCACUGUUGGCCUUCUGUGUAGAGCUAUUGCAUAGGAAGUUGCUGGGCCACACUAUAGAUGGGCAAACGCAUGUCCCAACGACGGAGGCUCAGAGGCAGGCCCUCCAGCUGGCCCUCUGCGGUGUGAUCCGCUACUCCUUGGUGAAGGAGUCGGAAGUUGAUACGAUCCUCCAAAGGCUUCUGACGGAGUACAAUACCCCAGAGAACACUAUGUUUGUGGUUACCUUCCUCCAGCUGGUCCUGAAUAAGAUGCGCAUAUCGACAGUACAGAGCUGGGUGCAUUCCAUAGAGGUCAUUCAGAGGAUUGGUCUUCGCCUUAGAGAGCAGAUGCAGCAGCCUGGAUCGCACUUGAGUACGUUGGAGAAGCAGUUGGCUAUGGCGACGGCACAGUUCGUGGAGGCGUGCAAGCAUUCGGCCCAGGUUCUAUACCCGGAGAGGGUACUACAAUAUAGAAAGGCACUGACGUUGAACAAGGCACCACAGAAUGCUGUACCGCCAGAGGCCAUUCACUACCUCGCGAUACACGUGCCACCGUCAUCACAGUUACAGCCCCCUAGUAGUACCAAGCCACUGGUGGAGAAUGUGCCUGAGAGUACCAAGGCAUCGUAUGUUGAGGCAUUCGACGUGUGGAGAAAGAAGACCUCUAAGGAGCUCAAUCUUCCCUGUGAGCUGCCCACCACUAAGGACGCGCUGGCGCGCCUGAAAAUCGACUACCUCAAUGAGUACUUCAUCUCGAAGGGGCGCCCUGUUGGGAGCAACGAUCAGCCCAGCUGGUUUUCGAGCUUCCUGGCUGUGGUGAUUGAGCAUGUCAUCGAUCUGGCUUCCAAGGAGACCGUCGAGGCCAAUAUGGAUAGUGAACAUCCUGAGAAACCCACUCAUGAUAGUGCGUUGAAGUUCGAUGCAAUAGACUGCUUCGCUUCGCUAGUGGUUCUUCUCACUCUGGAUCCCACCCGGCCUUCGGAGGAAGAGGAUGGCCCUGCGGCAGUGUCUACCAUGGUGGAGUACAAUGCUAUCAGGAUGCUCCACAAGGCUCUGGAGAUGGUAUCUCGACACAUAUGGACCGAUGCGAACGCCAGUGGCGAUAGGUUUAACCAGCGCUUUUACACGAGGAUUGUCUCUGAGCUCCUCCAGGGCUGUUUGGAUGCACGAGUGUCUCGAGAAGUACAGUACAAGGAAGCCUUGCGUGGUCCUCAGCCCAUCGACCCUCUUAGUGAGAAAUACUUGUGUGCUAUUUUAUCCGCCUUCGCGAAGACCCUCUCUUGGGUCGGCCCAGGGCAGAUACCACAGUUCGUUUUCGGUUGGGCAGCUCUUCUGACUGAUGACAAGUUCUUUCCUCGUCUGAUGCAUGUCCGUGGUCAGCGAGGUUGGUUGGCCGCAUCCCGACUCAUUCAGCAGCUACUUCGGUUUAUAGAACCCUAUCUAGCUAAUAGCAAGGAGAGGCCGCUUGAGGAUGGUCUUGCUCUAAAGGUGCCAGAGCCGGUAAAGGUCCUCUACACUGGUCUACUGAAGAUAUGGAUGACUGCGAUCCAGGAAGACUAUCCUGAGUUCCUCUCAGACUUCCAGUUUGGUCUCGUCAGUGAGCUUCCUGAUAACUGCGUUCAAGCCAAGAAUAUGAUACUGUGUGCAUUCCCUAGAGGGAUGAAGCUGCCUGACCCCUUCUCCUUGGACCUCCAAGUGGAUACUCUCCCGGACGUCCGGAUAACACCCAGGAUCCUCUUGCCGGAGACCACCGUGUUGGAGCGAGCGGGCCUUCUGCAGAUCAUCGACGAGUACGUAGAGGUCCGCGAUCGAUCGAUUUUAGAGGCGCUAAAGAAGCGCUUGCAAGGUCCGGUAGGGUACAACCACACAGUGAUGACGGCCCUUGUGGAGUACAUUGGCAUUCGCCUACCUAUUGUAUGCCCGACGUAUGAGCAAGCCGUUAAAGUGGGCGGCAACGUCCAAGUGGAGAUGUUGAUGUUUUUGGCUUGUCAUCUAGAUCCAGAGGGAAGAUACGUGUUCCUCUCAACUAUCGUGAACUUUUUGCGUUUCCCCAACUCCCACACUCACUACUUCAGCUGUCUCAUCCUGAACUUGUUUGGUGAUGCCCCAGUUGCAUCGGUACGGGAGCAGAUUGCCAGGAUUCUCCUCGAGCGGCUGAUUGUCCGACGUCCGCAUCCGUGGGGCCUCCUGAUCACUUUCAUAGAGCUGGUCAAGAAUCCUCGGUAUCGUUUCUGGGAACAUCCUUUCAUGCAAAACGCUGACAUUGAGAGGCUUUUCCGGACGGUUGCCAUGACGUGUGUGGCCACCCUCCCUGCUCCGGAUUCGCAGCAGGCCGUCACUUCUGUUCGAACGUAG